AUGGACGCGGUGGUGAAACUUGGCGAGGUGACGCUGAUGCAAGGAGCUUUGCAGUUACUCUCCAUGCUGCAACUGACAUCUCAUCUCUUCCAGCAAGAUGGAAAUAUUUACGAUGGACAAUACUUCGAUUUCGUAAUAGUCGGUGGGGGCAGCGCUGGGAGCGUGCUUGCUAAUAGGCUCUCGGAAAUUAGCUGGGUGUCCGUGCUGCUGAUCGAAGCAGGAGGGGAUCCCCCGCUGGAGUCAAUGAUGCGUAGUCAACCUUUAGUGAAAAAGGUGAAGAAAACAUUCGCAACGCCGGAAGAGUUACAAAUGGGUACCGACCUU